UGUAGGAAUCUGCCUACAUUGUGACUGCUGUUGUUUGCUUUUUGUCCCACUGUGUUAUAGACUCUGACCAACAGGAAAGAUCUGAGCACCCAGUCAGUGAGAGCCACACCCACUAUACUGGCCACACCCACUACGAUAACCACACCCACUCUGAUAACCACACCCACUGUGAUGACCACACCCACUCCAGCCAGCCUGGCACUGGAAGUUGAGGCUGUUUAUUGCAAUCGCCCAUGCAUUAACUCAAGCCCCAGACUGUGGUUCCGAGGUGAUCGGGGGUGUUCGUAUGUAGUGAACAUCCCCGCCAAUUUCCAGCGGCCCAAUAAUGCCAUACUCAGAUCUGGCAGGACUGGUCCUCUGUGUGCAACUGCAACGAACAAAAGUGUGAUGCCCUGUGCCUGUCAGGCUUCAGAACAACAAACCCAAUAGCGAGACCACAGAAGUUCAAGUUAAAGUCUUUAUUAACUAGACAAGUAUUAAGUAGACAAGCCAGUCGAGAACCAGCAAACAGGUGUCGGAGAGAAUAAUCAGUUCUUAAACGAUAAUCCAAGCAGGGGUCCGAUAGCCAGGAAAACAGAUGCAACAAAAACAAUAAGAUAGUCCAAACUGCGGGAUAAACUGAAUCGAAAACCAAAAACACAAAUCAAUAAAUCAAAGGUCCAAACACAGCGGGUCAAAGACGAACAGAAGGGUAAUCCAGAUACAGAAAACGUAGAUCAUAACAGCACCACUGUGAUGCUUAGCCAUGUCUGAUAUGGAGCGUAGCUGAGCCACUAGCGAUUAGCCGGGCACCAUCGUAGUGCUUUAAAGAAACUUCAUCCAUCCAUCCAUCCAUCUAUUAUCUUAACCCGCUUAUCCUAAACAUGGUCGCAGGGGGGUUGGAGCCUAUCAUACAUUGGGCGAAAGGCAGGAAUACACCCUCGACAGGUCGCCAGUCCAUCGCAGGGCACACACACCAUUCACUCACACACUCAUACCCACUGGCAAUUUAGACUCUCCAAUCAGCCUAACCUGCAUGUCUUUGGACUGUGGGAGGAAACUCACACGAACACGGGGAGAACAUGCAAACUCCACAAAGAGAGACCCCGGUUUGGGACCCUUCCUUGGACCUUAUAUGCCAGGGCGUGUGACUGUGGUCUGUCUUUGAGCAUCUCAGCUGCAGAUUCUGAGAAUCGGGAGGAGACCACAGACAACCGAUCCAGUCUGGGCACAGAACCAGCACCAGAGAACACAUCCUCAUGCCUGGCCCAGUCCCAACCCUCCUCUGCUGACCCAGCUAAGAGAUGUUCAGCAGAUACUGAUGACAUGGAUGGGACCUUGAGUAAGGACAUUGCACACGUGCAGGAGGAGGAAACUGAAGACAGCAGCAGUGUGAGUGUGUCUGAAGAUGAGACCAUGAGUAAAGGUGGAGAAUUGUUACAGUCAUGGAAAAGAAGAGCCAGUAACAUAUUCAGGGGUGCUGGACAAAGGAUUGGUUCACUGACCACGUCGAUAACUGGCAAACUGAGCAUGAUCUCAAUUGGCAAGAGUUCAAAACCAGGAACCAGUCUGGAGGAGCUGCUGAGAGACCUGGGACUGGAACACCACCUGAAGAACAAGCUGACUCUGAGCCAGGUGCUGCAGAUUGAUGGAGAGACUUUAUCUGAUGAAAGCAUCCAGUCUCUGAAAUCUCUGCCAUGGUGUUUCCUGAGGAAGCUGAUGAUGGUGAAUGAGUCCUUUCGUAGAAUGAGCUGCUCCUCACAACAGGACACAGAGCCCCAAAACCUGGACAGCUUACUGAACAUCAUGAAAAAUCCACAGGACCACAGCAACAGAGUCAACCCCCUUGACCUCAUAACUGCUGUAUUUCUGUGCUCAGAUGGUUUUCUCCAGCAGGAGAUGGCUUUGAAAAUGUCCAUGUGCCAGUUCUCUGUGCCUCUGCUGCUUCCUACAUGUGAUACCCAGCAGUGCACUUUAAUGCUGUGGGCCAUGAGGGAUAUUGUGAAAAAGUACAAGCCACGCUCUUUGGAGGACCCAAGAGGGUUUGUGGAGGAGAGCAUUGUUCUCUCUGACCUCCCCAUGGUCUCUUUUGUGAGGCUGGGAAACUGCAGCAUGUCCAAGUCUCACAUUCUGAACCAAGUCCUCAGCAACCCUCAGCAGUACCAGGACACCUUUGUUCACAAAGACAUGGAGUGUGGUGACACCCCAAGGAGGAUUUCCAAUGGGCUGGUGGAAAUCAGCUGGUAUCUGCCCAGUGGGAACAAAAACACUGACAUCUUCUCUGAGCCUCUGGCUAUAGCUAACCUCCGUGGGGACCUCAGAGACUUUGAAACUCAGUACGCUUUCCUCUGCCGCACAUCGACUGCUAUAUUUGUGUUUUGCGACGACUUUAAGCUUGAACACAAAUUUCUGGACUCGCAGCACUUUAAGACCCCUUGGUUUUUGAUCAUCAAUUCACAGAGCCAGACCUUCAAUGAGGAUGACUUCAAGAAAUUUGUUUCUGAGACAAAACCCAGUAACAUCAUCAUAAAGCAUUGGGGAAGGAAUGAUGCAGAAUUCAACAAAAACCUGCGUUUGGCUAUCCAGGGUAUUUUAGAGGGAAACAUUAAAAUGAGCAUUGAAAGGAUGUCUGCCCUUGCAUAUGAGCUUGGGAUCCAUGUUGAUGAAAAUUACAUCCACUGUAAGAGGGGCAAGCAGAAGGCUGAUGAAAUCACAGGAGGAAUAUCUGAUAUUCCAAGCUUCAAGGAGAAAGAGCUGCCCUUGCAAGGGACUGCAUGGAAACAGCUGGCCAACCUGGAGAAGGAACAGUGCAGGAUGAAAAAUGCUGGGGAGAAAAACAUAGAAGUUUACAAAAUUGAGCUUGCAGAUCAGAGGCAGAAGCUCAGAGAACAGCAGAGGGCUCACAGCAUCUCCGAUUCUAUGUCCCGUUUCAUCUCCACGAUGUGCAAUUCCACAGAGGAGUGCAAGUAUUUCCUCAAGUGGAUGGGGAUCAAUCUGGAUAAUCUGUCACGCACACACCUUCCACCUCUUCGGGCAAAGUACAAGGAACAGAGUUCCUUAGAAAACAAGGAGCUCAUUGCACAGUUGGACAGGGAGAUCUCCAGCAGCUCCUUGGGGACGGAGCACUUCCUGAGGGAAAUGGCUCAGCUGUACGAGUCGGCCUGCUCACUCCCUGAAGCCCUCAGCCCAGAGAUGAAGCGCCUGCCACUUCUCUGUGCCAAGCUGCUACAGGAGGGCUUUCCUCUGGAGCUGGUGGAUGGAGACACGAGCAAUAUUCCUCUGGAGUGGGUGACACAGGUUCUGAAAGAACUCCAUGAUCUCACACAGGAUAAAUGUAAGAUCCGGGUGAUCACUGUUCUGGGGAUACAGAGCACUGGGAAGUCCACCCUCUUGAACACCAUGUUUGGGGUCCAGUUUGCUGUCAGCAGUGGCAGGUGCACCAGAGGGGCCUUCAUGCUCCUCAUCAGAGUGAAAGAGGAUUUUAAAGUGCGGCUUGGGUGUGAUUACAUCAUGAUUAUUGACACUGAAGGUUUGAAGGCACCACAGUUGGCACAGCUGGAUGACAGUUAUGAGCAUGAUAAUGAACUGGCCACUCUGGUGGUGGGGCUGAGUGACAUCACAGUCAUCAACAUUGCCAUGGAGAAUUCCAUGGAUAUGAACGAUAUCCUGCAGAUUGUGGUGCACGCCUUCCUGCGCAUGAAAGAAGUUGGGAGAAAACCCUGCUGUCAGUUUGUGCACCAGAAUGUGCCAGACAUCUCUGCCCAUGACAGUAACAUGAGAGACAGGAAGCUUCUGCUGGAGCAGCUGAAUGAGAUGACCCAAGCAGCAGCUAAGAUGGAAAAGAAGGGAAACAACAAAACAUUUACUGAUGUCAUGGAGUAUGAUCCAGAGAGAAACACCUGGUACAUCCCUGGGCUCUGGCAUGGGAACCCUCCCAUGGCCCCUGUCAAUGUUGGCUACAGUGAGUCUGCAAAUCUGUUGAAGCGGAGUGUGAUUGAGAAGUUUAUGGAACAAAAAUCUGGAAACAGCUCAGCACACACAAUCAUUAACUUCCUUGAAUGGACCAAGAGCUUAUGGCAAGCAGUGAAGUAUGAGAACUUCAUCUUCAGCUUCCGCAACAGCCUUGUAGCUGAAGCUUAUGCUCAACUUUGCACUGAGUUCAACCAAUGGGAUUGGGCCUUCAGGAAAAACAUGUACUCCUGGCUAAUGGAAGCUGAGACAAAGGUGUCAAACUCAGAAUUUAAGAAUUUGGAUGAGUUACUGAUCUGCCUGAAAACUCAGGCCUUGGCAGAACUGACUAAAGGGGAAAGUCUCAUUUUGUCCAACCUCACUGAAUUCUACAAGAGGCAAGAGGGACAUGUUCACUUGGUAGUGAAGUACAAGGAGGACUUGAACAUCACAGCCAAAACCAUCAGGAGGGAGACAGAGAAAUCUGUGAGAAACAAGCUUGAGGCAGCGGUGGAGAUCAGAAAGGGUAUGUUCAGGUUAGAGAGCAUCAAGAAAAACCACACAGCCACAAUGGAGAAAAAGGUGCAGGAGCUGAUUGAGAAAUGCAGGAAAACUAAAGAUCUGUCUGAUGAACAGCUGGAGGAUGAAUUUGAGAAGAUGUGGAAGGAGACAGAGCUGCGCUUCCCUGGCAUGGAAGAACGAGACAUUGUGCAAGACAUCUCCCACCAGCUGUGGGUUAACUUAGAGAUGAAAGGCAGCUCAGUACGUGAAAUACUGUCAAAAUUGGGCAACUUGUCUGGAUAUGGAAGCAAGCCAUUCAAAGUGAAAAGUGAACAUCUGGCAUUAAAUCAAAGGAUUUUGAAUUUUGACUUGGAGCUGAAGGAGUUCCAGCAGGUAGUUGAUCACAUCAUUAAGCAGAGCAAGCAGUUUGUCAAUGAGAAAGUGAGAACAAAAUCUGAUUACCAUAAAACAUACACAAUCGACUUGCUUUGCAUUGGAGACAAAAUCUUGGACAAGAAUCUGGAAACAACUGCUGAAUUUCAGGCCAAACUGAAGAUUCACAUCUGUGGACAUGCAGCACGGGAGUUUCAAAAAAUGCAUCUGGCUUUCAUCCAUGCAAAUGAUCCUCUUCACUGUCUGGAACAGUUCAAGCAACAGUACUACACAGACUUCAAGGACCUGUUCAACAAAAGAGACCAGUGUCAGAAGAAAGCCAAUGAUUUCAUUGUUAACUGUCUUCAACCUGCGGUGAAGGAAUACAUCACCAAAUCUCUGGGCCCUGACCUUGUGGAUGACAUGUUGACAGGACAGAAAGCCAUUGCUUUCAGCACUCGAACCUUCUUCCAGUUUUCAAUCCUUGAGCAGCUGCUUAAGGGUGAUAACUUUCAGGACAUUAUGAGAUACAUAAAUAAUUACGAGACCUUUGUACAUGACUGGAUAUUGAAGCUGAUGGUGAAGCAGUUCUCGGAGGGAGAUCGCCUCAGGAACAUUGAAAUGAACCGCCUGAAGGUGAUGGUUAGCAGAAUAAAGGAAGCCAUUAAGACCUCACAGAUGAAGGCAGCUGAACAGGCAGCAAGAAGGGGUGAGGAGGCCCAGAACAUUCAGCAGUUCAUUCAGGAUAUCUGUAGUGACCUAGCGAAGGAGCUUGUCAUCCCCAAAGACCCCCUCAGAGCAGUCCUGGCCUUAAACUCUGCCAAACCAGAAGAAUUUUCCCAUAUUCUGCAGGUGCUUGUGGAUGAAAUGGAGAAGUCCUUUACCGCAGAGUUUCAGAAAGGUGGGGAUGUGAGGGUCAGGCUGACCUCACUGCCCUUUCAGCCACAGAAGGAGCUGUUUAACAGGGUGUUUGGCUGUGGGAAGCGGUGUCCCUUCUGCAAGACCCCCUGUGAAGCUGGUGGAAAGAGCCACACAGUGCACGUUGCUUCCAUUCACCGUCCUCAGGGCAUUGGGGGAUGGAGAUAUCGUGAAUCGCGUAUAUUACUGAGCAAUAUCUGCUGCACUGAUGUUGCCAGUGAGAGAAGCUUCUACUUGACUCCAACAGGGGAGGAACUGCAUCCAUACAAGGACUAUCGGAGCAUUUUCCCUGACUGGCUGAUCCAGCCCGACACCAGCAUCCAGGCCUCAGACUACUGGAAGUACAUCUUCAGCAAGUUUAAUAAGCAGUUUGCAGAGGAAUAUAAAGCCAAGCAUGCUGACAUUCCCCCCCAAUGGAGAUAUAUAACCCAGGAACAAGCCACGCAAAGUCUGAAGGAAUCCUUCUCGAUUAAAACAGGAAAAGAUUAA